CUUGGAGGGUGGCGAGAUUGGCACCAAUGAUGACGGGACUCAUUUUUCAAGUGGCGCAAGGUACCGGAAGAAAAAAAUAGUCAUAUUAUGUGUUUGCCUUGGGCAGUGAAGAGCUGGCAGAGGGGUAUUCAGUUGUCUGCUCGUCCCAUAAAUAUAUUUUCCUUUUCAAUAGGACAUACGGUAUUUCAAAGCGGGGGGAAAAAACAGGUACAAUUUCAUGACAAGACGCAGUGUUAGCGCACAACACACACAUUUUCUGGUGCCAUAUUGUUGCGAUGCAACUACGCAUGUUGAACACUUUGUUCCGCAGACACGAUUUCAUAUUUGACAAACCAUUUUUAUUCCCCCCAUUAAAACCAGGCAUCAGACGUGUUAUGCGGGGGGAGCAUCAGGAAGUCAUAAAUCCUGUUCUGUGGAACACUUUUCACAGUAAAAUACAAAAACUAUUUGAGCGAUAAUAUAAAUAAUACAUUCCAACAGCUGGACAGAAUGGCAGCCAGGAAACCUUCAGGUCUGGAGAUUAUUAAAUGUUUUCUUUGUAUUGGAAUAAGGUAACUGAGAGCAUCACCACCGAUAUUUAUGUUGUGCAUCAAGAAGAAUUAAAUCCAAUGUAUGUCACUUUUUCGCAGUAAAAUAUUUACAUAAAUAACACAUUCCAAAAGCAGGAAAGGAGAUCGAUUCAUACAUUACAUUUAAAACAUGCAAUCAAAUCUAUAUAUGCUCGCCUGAGCUUAUGUAGCAUAUACACAUACUAAAUUCUUAAAGGCAUAGUUUUGUAUAUCAUUUUCAAGCCUCGCUGAUGAUGAAAUAGUGACUGUGGUAUUUAAAAGUGCUGUCAGGAUAAAUAAGAUUUACAUUGUAGGUAGAUAGAUAGAUAGAUAGAUAGAUAGAUAGAUAGAUAGAUAGAUAGAUAGAUAGAUAGAUAGAUAGAUAGAUAGAUAGAUAGAUAGAUAGAUAGAUAGAUAGAUAGAUAGAUAGAGAGAGAGAGAGAUAGAUAGAUAGAUAGACAGACAGACAGACAGAUAGACAACCGCUUAAUUGACAUUAUGCUCCCAUCUAGUGGUUAGUUGUUUUUAUACCUUAUACGGCUUUUAUGUUUUAUUUAUUUUUAUUUUUUUGCUCGUGUAUUGUUUUCGACAUACAAAAAAAAAUAGCGAAACAAACAACAAACGAUGUUUCGUUAGUCACGUUCGGUGCUUUUUUUUUUUUUUAAGUCUAGCUUUGCUGCAUAAUAAUUUAAUAACAAAAAAUGGUGAUCCGUAUCAUUAAUGUAUUCAUUUUAAUGGGGGGAAAUCUUGUGCCGCCAAGUCGUAAACGUCGUUGUUUGUGAGAUUUCAUUGUAAAGUUUUGUACAACAGAUGUUGCUGUCCCCUUUGGAUGUUACCAGAAACAUAAAUAGAUAUAAAUACAAGGAAUUUCGGGGUGGGGGUGAAUAAAGUGGAAUUAAAAACCAAGUUAGUACAUAAGAAACGUAUUAUAGCUACUUUUUAAAAUAUACACAGAAGGUGCUCAGAAAUGAUGGGGGAACGUGGGCGUAGGGGCGUUAUUUGGAUUCCCACCUAGUUUCUAGGCAGGACACGCCCCACUGCAGCAGGAUUGCCUCCUGCGUCGCAGGCUACGCAGUCGUAACGAGAUGGCCACCCAAACGUGUAUCACAAUUGUACGCAAUUCCAAUCAAAAAAACGGUUGUUGUGGUGAGGUUUAGGACUAGGGUUGGGUCUUAAGGCUGUUUAGGUUGGGUUAAGGGGAGGAUUAUGGUGGGUGAGGGUUAGUGGGAAGCAUAUUAACGCCGCCAAAUCUCUUCCCGUCUAGAAGUAGUAGGGCGUGUUCUACGGGGAUACAGCAGCCAAUCAAAGUGCAGCGGCGCGUGUCCUGGAGCCAGUAAUAUUGCCUACCUGGAAACCAUGUGGGAAUCCCAAGAAGGCGUUUUAGCGUUGUUGCUUGCAAUCCGCCAAUAAAUAAAAGAAGAAAAAGAUGUCGCUGGAUAUUGACGUCAUCGUAUGAGGCCAUGACCGCCAUGGCAUCUCAUGCUAGCGAGCUUGAAAUUGCAAAGAAGAAUUUAACUGAUGCAAUUGGCGAUAAUGUGAAACACUACUGGGCAAACCUGAAACUAUGGUUCAAGCAGAAGAUCAGCAAGGAAGAGUUUGACAUUGAGGCACGACGUCUGUUGGCACAGGAAAACGUCCAUGUUCACAAUGACUUCCUCCUGGCAAUUCUGACACGCUGCCAGAUCAUUGUCUCCACUCCUGAGGGCGCCGGGCCAUUACAAUGGCAAGGUGGCUCUGCGUCAAAGCCCGGCAAACCGAAAGGAAAGAAGAAAUGUUCCUCUCGACAGAAGUUUGACCAUCGUUUCCAGCCUCAGAACCCUCUGAGCGGCGCGCAGCCCUUCAGCCCGCGGGAGGCGGUGGGUGAGGAUGACGAGCUGCGACUCAGCGCCCACACUUUGCUGCUGCCCACGCGGGGCCAACUGGAGGCCCGCAUGAUGGUGACGGCCUUCGAGCUGGGCCUGGAUAACGUCACGGAGGAGGCCGUCAGCGCGAUGACCUGUGCGGUGGAGCACCAUUUGAAAGACGUUUUGACUGCUGUGAUUUCCCGAAGGAAAGCGUAUCGCCUGCGGGACGGCCAUUUUCCUUACGCCUUCGGCAGCGAUGUCACGCCGCAACCUUAUCUGAAGAACAGCCUCGCUGCCUAUCGCAGCGUCACCGAAUGCCCUCUUCCAAGCGCUUCUCUCCCUGCUGGCCCACCACCGCAGAUCUCCCCAGAUGAGGCGGAGCAGCAAGCGGUUCACUUGUUGGCUUGUUCUGCCCACAGCCUCCACACGGCCCUCCCACCUGUCACCAUGUUUGACCUCCUGGAGGCCUUACAGGUUCACCACGGAGUGAUGCCCUCCCACACCAUGUACGCGCUCAACAUGGAGCGCAUCCUGUCGCGGCUCUGGCACCCCAGCCACGAAGAACUGGAGCAGGACCACGUGCACAGGCAGCGACUUGCUGCCAAAGACGGAGUGCCGAUCAGCUGAGAUGGACACAAUACACGGACACGGUGCGCGUAAUGAAUAGUUCUCCGGUGCACACGGACGCCACGUAGUGUGUCCAGACGCUGGCCCGCAUGUGGGAGCACCGCACUUGUGUUGCACACGCACACACACACACACACACACAGGAUCGAUGGACCAAGAUGAAACAAAGCCAUUGGAUGGCGGACACGUGACUCUGUGUCAGCCUGGCCUCUCGUUUAUCGAGCGUGCAGAAAGGAAGCGAGGGUCUCCCACACAUAUUGGUGCCAGAGAUUGCACCUACAUUAACAGUUCGAGGACCAUCGCGCACCCAAUUCAGCUGUCAUCAGAAAAGGAUUUCAUUCCAUCAAUUUCCUAAUAAUCUGCGAUCCACAUUGCAUGGAGGAAUGCACAGAAUAUCUCCGUGGAUGUGCGCAAUGCGAGCUGCGGCUGAAGACUGCCUGUUCCCAAUAAUGCUUGCAAUACGGCCAUCCAUAAUUGCUUCUCCACUUCCAGUUAAAGAUAAUUGUCGUCAGUGGGCUGUGGCACGUUUUUUUUUUUUUGGCAUUCAGUUUGAUGUCAAACCAUUUUUUUUUUUAUUUAGGAGACUACAUCUUUCUCUCAUUGAUAGAAUUAACAACAUCAGUUAAAUUUUUCCACUGUCCCACGUCAUUUUUUCCCCACUGUUGGUAACACCCGCAUUAAUUGUUCCAAACAGUAUUUUUGUAUUUUUUUUUUCUGUAACCCAUCCAUCCAUUUUCUGUCGCGCUUCUCCUCACGCGGGUCGCGGGCGUGCCGGAGCCUAUCCCAGCUAUCAACGGGCAGCAGGCGGGGUACACCCUCAACUGGUUGCCGGCCAAUCGCGGGGCACAUACAAACAAACAACCAGUCACACCUACGGGCAAAUAAGAGUUGCCAAUUAACCUAACAUGCAUGUUUUUGGGAUGUGGGAAGAAACCGGAGUGCCCGGAGAAAACCCACGCAGGCACGGGGAGAACAUGCAAACGCCACACAGGCGAGGCCGGGGAUCGAACCCCGGUCCUCAGAACUGUGAGGCAGACGCUCUGACCAGUCGCCCGCCGUGCCGUCAAAUUACAGCUGGGUUGCAUUUCCCCUUCUCAGACAAGUUCCUCAAUCAAUUUGGCUUUUCGCAGAAUGAAUCUCUUUUUCAGAGCGGAAAGUCAAGACUUGCAUUCUUAAAGGGAUCGUUGCUACCACAUGUGGUCGAUUGGAGGCGUUUCUCAAUGCAAAUGAGGCUAAAUGUGCACGUUUGUGGAAGUUAAGACCAGCUGGGAUGUUUCAACACACGUCACUUACUGGUGUGUGCGUGCGACAGGUGCCCACACGUUUGACAAAUGCAGAUUUUGAUUUCUACACAUGAAAUUUCAGUCGGAAAAAAUGAACUCCGAAGCUCUUUCUAGGCCCUGUUUUACGACCAGCUUUUUUGCCAGCCAGUUGUCACCUGCAGCUGCAGCUCCGUAGCCAGAAUUUAAAGUGUUUGCUUCGAGAAUUUAGCGGCAACUCUGAAACUAUUUCCGAGGUGGGGCAGUGUUCCUUUGCAGGGUCACGAAGCCGACGACGUGGGCCAUUGACGACCCACGAGAGCAUUUGAAAGCGGCCAGGCGUACAAAUACGACCUCGGGGGAACUGUUUUUAAAAGCCUCAAAAUUAACCUACAAAUGCUCACACUACAUGUUAAUAAGCAUUUUAAUCAUGUGCAACCGAUUUACAUGUUCAAAUGAAGUCAAUUCAAAGAACUUGGUAGAAAAAUAAGUUCUGUGUUUGAUCAUUUAUAUUGGUUGCACGAUUAAAAUAUGGUAAACUGACAUACUUUUCCCUCUUCUUGCAAACAAAAUAUACGGCGUUUUACCACAUUUUAAUCGUGUGCAAGUUACCGAUGUAAAUGUUCGAAUUAAGUAAAUUCAAAGGACUUUUUUUCCCCAUGUCACGCUGUGAGGAAAUCGAAAGAUAUCAAGUGCUUGAAAACAUUGCAAAGCAUACUUGGGGGGGAAUAUUUGGCCAAAGUUUGAGGACUUGUACAUAAAUUGCAAGUGUCGCGUAAGACUGGUUCAACAAAUCCCAACGCCGCCAUGUUAACUGAAACACAGGUGCGCCGAUGCUUCGAAGUCCUGGCACUCAAACGCAGUCUUAAGAGUGAUCGCAUGUGGGUGACAAAAGGGACUCUGCUCUGUCCUCAGUGUGUGUUUGACGUUUUCAGAAAUAUAUAUAUAUAUAUAUAAAAUACACUUUGAUAUAAGCGGCCCAGUGUGUGCAUUCAUCGGCAGUAUUUUUUUUAUGUUCAGUGCCAGUGCAUGUUUUAUAUAUAUAUAAAUGUCUUUUAUAAAGCUUUUUUUAAUGUACAGUUAAGUUUAUAUAUAUAUAUAUAUAUAAAUAUGAAUUUCUUUUGUAAAGCUUUUCUUUUUAACAUACAGAGCCAGUGCCUAUUUUUUUUGUUUUUUUUUUACUAAAGCUUUUUUCUUUUGUUUUUUAAAUUCCAUGUGCAAGGAAUAAACAGGUAUCGAUU